CAAGUUUUUCACAGAAUGGCACAAAUGGAACCUAAUCUGGACCAUGACGUAUCAUGGUUCCUCCUUCCAUCAUACUGGGCUAAAAUGGUUGUGGCAUUAAUUUCCUUCCUCUGUUUUGCUAACAGCUAUGAUGGAGAUUUUGUCUUUGAUGAUUCUGAAGCCAUCAUCAAUAAUAAGGACCUCAGGGCAGAAACCCCACUUGGUGACCUGUGGUAUCAUGACUUUUGGGGUAGCAAACUCAGCAGCAAUACCAGUCAUAAAUCAUAUCGACCGCUAACUGUCCUAACUUUCAGGAUGAAUUACCUUUUUGCUGGAGGCUUCUACCCAGUUGGUUUCCACGUCAUCAAUAUAAUACUGCAUUGUACAAUCUCAGUGUUGAUGGUUGAUGUGUUUUCCAUAUUAUUGGGUGGAUUGCAAUUCAGUAAUAAAGGAAGACGGCUAAACCUGGCUCCAAAGUCCUCUCUUCUUGCUGCUUUGCUCUUUGCUGUGCAUCCAGUGCACACCGAGUGUGUUGCUGGGAUUGUUGGCAGAGCAGACCUUCUGUGUGCCCUGUUCUUCUUGUUGUCAUUCCUUGGCUACUGUAAAGCAUUUAGAGAAAAUAAGGAAGGACAUACGUUUUCUGUAUUUUGGGUGCUGGUGAGUGUUGUCCUAGGUGCAAUAGCCAUGCUGUGCAAAGAACAAGGAAUUACAAUACUGGGUUUGAAUGCAGUAUUUGAUGCACUGGUGAUAAACAAGAUAAAUCUUUUGGAGCUGAUUCGAAAGUUACUGUAUAAGGACAAGUCAUUGGAGAAUGCUGGGCUGUUAAGGAAGGGGCUGCUUCUCAGGAUAACUCUUUUGAUGUGUGGAGGAGCUGGAAUACUUUAUAUCCGCUGGAGGAUUAUGGGCACAGGGCCACCAGCUUUCACUGAAGUAGACAACCCAGCUUCAUUUGCUGACAGUCUGUUUGUAAGAGCUAUAAACUAUAAUUACUACUAUUCACUGAAUGCAUGGUUGCUGUUGUGUCCCUGGUGGCUGUGUUUUGAUUGGUCAAUGGGCUGCAUACCCCUCAUUAAAUCCGUCAGCGACUGGAGGAUAAUUGCACUAGCAGCACUUUGGUUCUGCCUAAUUGGUCUGAUAUGCCAAGCUCUGUGCUCAGAAGACAGCCAUAAGAGAAGAAUCCUUACGCUGGGACUUGGAUUUCUUAUUAUCCCUUUUCUUCCUGCAAGUAAUCUCUUCUUCCGAGUAGGAUUUGUUGUUGCAGAGAGAGUCAUCUACCUCCCCAGUAUUGGAUAUUGUAUUCUCUUUACAUAUGGAUUUAGUCUCUUGAGUAAGCAAGCCAAGAAAAAGAAAAUUCUUGCUGUGGCAGUACUUGGAAUCUUGUUGAUAAAUGUUAUGCGCUGUGCACUCCGCAGCAGUCAGUGGAGAUCAGAAGAGCAACUUUUCAGGAGUGCGUUGUCUGUGUGCCCUCUGAAUGCAAAAGUGCACUACAAUGUUGGCAAAAACCUGGCUGACAAAGGAAAUCAAAGUGCUGCAAUCAAAUACUACAGAGAAGCUGUAAGGUUGAAUCCAAAAUAUGUGCAUGCCAUGAACAACCUUGGGAAUAUUCUGAAAGAAAGAAAUGAGCUCCAUGAAGCAGAGGAGUUGCUGUCCUUAGCUGUACAAAUACAACCUGAUUUUGCUGCUGCAUGGAUGAAUCUAGGAAUAGUGCAGAACAGCUUAAGAAGGUUUGAAGAGGCAGAGCAAAGCUACUGGACAGCAAUUAAACACAGAAAAAAAUAUCCAGAUUGUUACUACAAUUUAGGGCGCUUGUAUGCAGAUUUGAAUCGCCAUAUAGAUGCAUUGAAUGCAUGGAGGAAUGCUACAGUCCUGAAACCAGAGCACAGUCUGGCUUGGAAUAAUAUGAUAAUAUUGCUUGAUAACACAGGCAAUCUAGCCCAAGCAGAAGCAGUUGGAAGAGAAGCCCUGGAAUUAAUACCUAAUGAUCAUUCCCUAAUGUUUUCCUUGGCUAAUGUACUGGGGAAAUCACAAAAAUAUAAGGAAUCUGAAGCUUUGUUCCUCAAGGCAAUUAAAGCCAAUCCAAAUGCUGCCAGUUAUCACGGUAAUUUAGCUGUGCUUUAUCAUCGCUGGGGAAACCUUGACUUGGCGAAGAAGCACUAUGAAGUCUCUCUGAAGCUUGAUCCCAUGGCACCAGGAACCAAGGAAAACUACAACCUCUUAAGAAGAAAACUGGAGCAGUUGCAAAAGAAAGGCGGUGCCUGA